GUGAAGAGAUUGAACGAUGAGAUCGCUCGCGCUCGCUGUCAUCAGCGCCGCCCUAUAGAGACCCCCAGCCCCGAGGCUCGAGCACAACGACCCCACCCCCCGCUCCUAGAGGGACGGAGCGAGAGCUACAGAGACACGGAGAAAAAAAAACCUUUUCGGACCCCGGUUCUAUUUGCCCUCAAUCUGGGCCUCAUGCAGUAGCCGACCGUGCGAGCGAGCGAGAGAGAUACACCGUGAUUGAGUCGCGAGGGACAGGGCGGAACAGGAGAAGAAGGGAUCGUUCAUUCGGCUCGAGCCAUGGGAUGUACACUUAGCGCCGAGGAGCGCGCAGCCCUUGACAGGAGCAAAGCCAUCGAGAAAAAUCUGAAAGAGGAUGGAGUCACGGCUGCCAAGGACGUCAAACUGCUGCUGCUGGGAGGAGGAGAAUCGGGCAAAAGCACGAUCGUCAAACAGAUGAAGAUUAUCCAUGAGGAUGGUUUCUCUGGGGAUGAUGUGAAGCAGUAUAAGCCUGUUGUGUAUAGCAACACCAUCCAGAGCUUGGCUGCCAUCCUGAGAGCCAUGGAUUCCUUGGGUAUCGAGUUUGGAGACAAGGACAGGAAGGCGGAUGCUAAGCUGGUGUGUGAUGUGGUGAGUCGUAUGGAGGACACAGAGCCCUACUCCGCAGAGCUGCUGACGGCCAUGAAGCGUGUGUGGAGCGACGCUGGAACCCAGGAGUGCUUCAACCGUGCCCGAGAGUACCAGCUCAAUGACUCCGCCCAGUACUACCUGGACAGUCUAGAUCGUAUUGGUGCACCAGACUACCAGCCCACAGAGCAGGAUAUCCUCAGAACUCGAGUCAAGACCACCGGCAUUGUAGAGACCCACUUCACCUUCAAGAACCUCCACUUCAGGCUGUUUGACGUGGGAGGCCAGAGGUCUGAGCGUAAAAAGUGGAUCCACUGUUUUGAGGAUGUGACGGCCAUCAUCUUCUGUGUGGCGCUCAGUGGGUAUGACCAGGUGCUGCAUGAGGACGAGACCACUAACCGCAUGCACGAGUCUCUGAUGCUCUUUGACUCCAUCUGUAACAACAAGUUCUUCAUCGACACCUCCAUCAUCCUCUUCCUCAACAAGAAGGAUUUAUUCGCUGAGAAGAUCAAGAAGUCCCCCUUGAGUAUCUGUUUCCCUGAAUACACAGGUGCUAACUCGUAUGAUGACGCGACUGCUUACAUCCAGGUCCAGUUUGAGAGUAAGAAUCGCUCACCCAAUAAGGAGAUCUACUGUCACCUGACCUGCGCCACAGACACAGGGAAUAUUCAAGUAGUGUUUGACGCCGUCACCGACAUCAUCAUCGCCAACAACCUGAGGGGGUGUGGCUUAUACUGAGGCCUGGCCCAGACAGGGGUUGCAAUGGAGAGUAUGAGGUGUUUGAUGAUAAUUUUGAUGAUAUUAAAAAGGCAUAAAUAUGUAAAUCUACACGUCCAGACGGACCCAAAGAGCUGCCGCCUGACACCACACUACCAUGACCCUCUGUUUCUGUUCCCAUUCUAGACACCAUUCUUCUUCUGUUUCUUUGUUUUCAACAUGUGUUUCCUGCUGAAUGUGUUUCCUGUUCUGUUGUUGAUUGUAUUAAGCUAUCAGCAUGGAGGGCUGUGUUGCUCUGGCCCAACUCAGCCAGAUGUGUUGUGUCUGGAGUCCAGUACGCGUUCUCUGCUAACACCUGACACGGCACUGGGACAGUCUCUGCAACACUUCUGGCUGCAGCAUGGGAAACACAGCUCACCCUGCUCCGGUUGCCGAGGUGAUGUUGUAACGUAGGUGGUGGUGAUGUUGUGGGGUGGGGGUAGGGGUGGGGGGGUGUAAAGCUGGUAGGGGCUGGUGGUUAGGCUGUCCUAGAUAGAACUCCCCCCUCUUCCCUGGACUCCCCCAGGGGUGCUCAGUGCUGGGCACUUCCUGUCAGCUUUGUUCGUCUCUCCCCUCUUCUUCACCACUCUAGGGGGAGGGGUUCUUGUAUGGCCAGCUCUCUCCAUUGGCCUCCUAAAGUGUAAUGAAAUGCCCGUC